AUGGAUGAAGAUAUAUUAUUUGAGGAAGGAACAGAGAGAAAACCAGAGGAAAAAGGAAAAUGGUCUUCGAAGUCUGAAGCGCUGAUAGUUCUUCUUGGCUAUUCUAUUGGGCUUCCUGAGACAUGGAAGUUACCAUUCCUCGUGUACAGAAAUGGUGGAGGAGCAUUUUUGAUCCCUUACGGCCUUUUAAUUCUGUUAUGCGGAUACCCACUGUACUUCAUGGAACUUGCCCUCUCCCAGUUUGCUGGCGCCGGACCAUGGCAAAUUUGGAAUAUUUGUCCUAUGAUACGAGGUUUCGGACUGUCUAUAGCGGCAAUCAACCUGCUGACUGUUAUAUUUGAUAACAUAGUGCAGUGCUGGGCUGUAGAAUAUCUCGUUAACUCAUUUAGUACGGUGUUACCGUGGACAACAUGUGAUAAUUCUUGGAACACACCAAACUGUACGAUCUUCAUUAACAACUCCAAUUACUCAGCGAAUUCGUCGUUAUCAAACUUUUACGGAACUGUACAAUCUAAUGAGACAGGUGUCUGGUCUAAUGAAACAAGGCAUUCUGGAGAUGGAUUUACAGUGGAUAAUCCGUUGGUGCAGGUAUCUGCUGUAGAAGAAUUUUGGAAGUUCAAGAUUUUAAGGGUAUCCAGUGGAAUCGAAGAUAUUGGUGACAUCAACGGAAUGUAUCUAUUGUAUAUUGCAAUCAUCAAAAUUAUUGUAUGUUGCGCUAUCGUGAAGAGUAUUAAAUCACUUGGAAAGGUGAUGGUGGUGACGGCUAUACUGCCAGUGUUCAUUCUCAUCGCGAUCUUGGUUCGAGCCAUAACGUUGCCGGGAUCUGCUGCUGGGAUGCUGUAUUUCAUCUAUCCGGAUUUUUCAAAAUUACUAAAUGUUCAGAUAUGGGUGGAGGCAGCUUUUGUAGCAUUCAACACACUAGGACCAGGCUGGGGCGGUCUUAUGAUGAUCGGGUGCCACAACAAAUUCAACUACAACUGUCUGAGGGCCUCGUUGAUCUCUUCCAUUUCCGUGCUCCUUAUUGGUCUUUUCAAUGGAUUUGUGGUGUUUGCCACAGCUGGAGUUAUGGCCCACGAGGCGGAAGUCCCCAUCGAAUCCGCUAUCACCUCUGGUGGAUUUUCUAUCGGAUUCAUUGCAUAUCCUAAAGCUUUGAGUUACUUCCCUUUGCCACAGGCAUGGUGUGUUCUUUUUUAUCUAGUCCUGAUACUGCCAGGGAUUGACGCACUAACAGUGAUGAUGGAGCCUUUUUUGUUAGUUUUGGAGGAAAUGUGUCCAUCCUAUCUUCAGAACAGGCGUGUAGCCCUUCUCACAGUGACUUCAAUUGCCACAUUCGUUAUUGGCAUCCUAUUCGUAACACAGGCUGGUGUAUACAUAUUUAUACUGGGGAUAUGGUAUAUAGCAACGUGGAAUAUAGUUGUAAUCUGUAUGGUCGAGGCUGUCGUGUUUGGAUGGGUGUAUGGAUGCAACCGUUUAGAUAAAGAUGUGCAAAUAAUGCUAGGUCGGCCUAUGCCCGGACCUGUAAGGAUUAGCCUGGCAUUCAUCAUACCUAUAUUUUUAUCUGUGCUUCUGGUGAUCAGUGUAGCUACAUAUCGUACCCCAACAUUCGGUAGUUAUGAAUAUCCAGGAUACGCAGCCGUUAUUGGCUGGAUUCUUACCUUAUCAACACUCGCGCCUGGAGUUGUAUACGCUAUUUAUACGAUAUCAACACAAAAAGGAAAUCUACAUCAGAAAUGUCGGAAAUCCCUGCGUCCUAAUAAUGCCUGGUAUCCAGUAGAACCUAAAUAUAGAGAAAUCUGGAAGAGGGAGAACUACGAUAACCAGUUGACUUGGAAACAACUAUUUUUAUACAAUCUCUUGGGGGAAAUGAGACAUUCCGAUUCAACUCAAGUCGCCAAGGAUGAACAAUACUCACUCAAAUCAUUAACAUAA